AUGGCGAUGACUAGCGAAAGGUGGAACGAGGAAAUCGGCGGUCGUAUCGAGAAUGUAGAGGCUCUCUUCAUCCAGAUGGUUGGUCGCGUCGUCAAUGAGCGUUGCGACUUUUGUCUCGCCGGCCGCGGGAUCUUCCCGCUCUGUGUUGUCUUUGACGUUCCAGUAUUUGUGAAGUGCUGUGGCUGCUGCUUGUACCGCGCCCGUGGAGGGAACUGCAGCCUCCUUGUCUCCGGACCAGGCCAGACCGUUUUGGUCCCGAACAGCGUGGCCUACGACCUCCUAGGGACUGCCAGCACUAAUGCCAUGGAGGUGUCCCGUCAAGCUAAUCGCGCUCGCCGCGACCACGUGGCCGACAUCAAUAAUAUCGCGGAGUCAUUCCGCGAUAUUACCCUUGCAACGAACGAACCGACUCGAUACCUACGUCAAUAUUCCACCCUUAUGGAGGAAAUCGUGUUUCGCAUUGGCUCAGAUAGAUGGUUAUAA